AUGGGAAAUUCAAAAAGUACUCGGAAAUUUUUGGAAUUGAGACGUUUAGAAGAAAUUACUGGUAUACCUCGACAGCAAUUUUCAAACUUGCAUGACGAGUUUAAACGUAAAAGUGCUGAUGAAAAUGAAGUUCUUGUGGAUAGAAGUGAUUGUCGUCAUUUUAUUAAUCAAGUAGGUGUUGGUGCUUAUAAUCAAAAACUAGUGGAUAAUGCUUUUGGAUUUUUCUUAUAUGAUGGUAAAAUGACUACUGAACAACUUUUUUCUUGUGUGGUUAUGUUAAGUGAAACAAUGGAUGGUAUUGAACGGCUUACUUAUAUUAUUGAUACACAUAACCCUAAAGGUGCUGAUGAAAAUAUGAUUACACGUAGAUAUGGUAGAAAGAUUUUGAAACAUAUUAAUGAAUUUUUUGAUAUUAAAAAAACUGCUCCACCAGCACAAGUUUGGAUUCAAAUGUGUGGUGGAACUGACAAAGAAGAAUUAACACGAGAUCAAUUCAUAAAAUAUGUUAGUACAACAGCUCCAUACCGCGACUUUUUAGUUUGA